UAAAGAGCCCCGAGGCAGGGGAGCGAGCACUCGCUGCUGCUGCUGCUGCUGCUGCGCUGCCGAGGCUCCUGUGUCCGCACCUCCAGCCCCAACCAUGAGCACCACGGUCAGGCAAUUCUCCUCCUCCACGUCCCUGAAGGGGCUCGGCAGCCUGGGGGGAGGCUCCAGCAGGCUCUCCUCCGUGCGGGCCGGCCCAGGAGGGUACCGGGCCCCCAGCGUGCACGGCGGCUCCGGCAGCUACUCCGUCUGCUCGCGCGUGGUCUCGGGGCUCGGCAGCGGCUUCGGGGGCAGCUACUGCAGCAGCGCAGGAGGGGGCUUCGGGGCCGGCUUCGGGGCCGGCUUCGGGGCCGGCUUCGGAGGAGGUUUUGGGGGUUUUGGAGGCGGCGAUGGCAUCCUGCCGGCCGGGGAGAAGGAGACCAUGCAGAACCUCAACGACCGCCUGGCCAACUACCUGGACAAGGUGCGAGCCCUGGAGGAGGCCAACACGGACCUGGAGGUGAAGAUCAGGGAGUGGUACAAGAAGCAGGGACCUGGUCCCGAGCGUGACUACAGCCCCUACUACAGGACCAUCGAGGAGCUCAGGAACAAGGUGCUGGUGGCCACAGUGGAGAAUUCCAACCUCCUGCUGCAGAUUGACAAUGCCAGGCUGACAGCAGAUGACUUCAGGACUAAGUUUGAGUCGGAGCAGGCCCUGCGCAUGAGCGUGGAGGCCGACAUCAACGGCCUGCGCCGCGUCCUGGACGAGCUGACCCUGUCCAGAGCCGACCUGGAGAUGCAGAUUGAGAACCUGAAGGAGGAGCUGGCUUAUCUGAAGAAGAACCACGAGGAGGAAAUGACCGCCCUGCGUGGGCAGGUGGGUGGGGAGAUCAGCGUGGAGAUGGACGCUGCUCCUGGCAUCGACCUGACCAAGAUCCUGGCGGAGAUGCGGGAGCAGUACGAGAGCCUGGCGGAGAAGAACCGCAGGGACGCCGAGCAGUGGUUCUUCAGCAAGACAGAAGAGCUGAACCGGGAGGUGGCCAUCAACACGGAGCAGCUGCAGAGCGGCAAGACGGAGAUCACGGAGCUGCGGCGCACGAUCCAGAGCCUGGAGAUCGACCUGCAGUCCCAGCUCAGCACGAAAGCGGCGCUGGAGGGCACCCUGGCCGACACCGAGGCGCGCUACGGCACCCAGCUGGCCCAGCUGCAGAUGCUGAUCACGGGCGUGGAGGAGCAGCUGGCCGAGCUGCGCUGCGACAUGGAGCGCCAGAACCACGAGUACAGGGUCCUGCUGGACGUCAAGUGCCGCCUGGAGCAGGAGAUCGCCACGUACCGCCGGCUGCUGGAGGGAGAGGACGCCCACAUGUCUUCCCACUACAUCUCGCAGCCUGUGAAAGAAGGACCAGUAACCACCCGCCAGAUCCGCACCAUCUUCGAGGAGGUGCAGGAUGGGAAGGUGAUCUCCUCCCGGGAGCAGAUCACCCAGGCUGCCCACUGAGGCACUGCCUGUUCUGCUGCAAACCUCGCCCAGCACAGCAGAGCAGAUCCCAGCUGACGUGUUCUUGCCAUGUGGAUCACCAAAAGCACCUUCUCCCACUAUCACCCCCCUCCUUACCCUCUCUCACCCUUCUCUCAGCUCUGUGCCACACACAGAAAUCAAAUAAAGCUUCUCUUUGCAGUCCUGC